UAUUCUCUUUAGAUGAACAACGGUAGAUAGAUUUUAAUUUAUAGAGAAGCUUAAAGCAUGAAAAUAUCUAAUUGUGAUGAAUUUAUUUUUUUUUCACAUACAGAUACAGACAAGAUAGAUAGAUUCUAAUUUAUGGUAAAGCUUGAUCAUGAUUCUCACAAUUGAAAAUAUUAAUUCCCUCAGUACCAAUGUCAAAAAUUAUGUUAUUACUGUUUACUCCAUUGCUAUGUUGUGUGAAUUUGUCACUACAUGUAUAUACAUGUUAAAUAUGAAGCAGCUGAGUGCUUCAGAGACACUUAUAAAUCAUCCACUGCGAAGAACACGUGCAAUCAUCAUUAUAUCUUGCUGUGUGGUGUUGAUGUUGUGGAGAGCAUUGGUUAUUAUUAGGAUAACUUAUCAGAAGAGCAUCAAAGAAGAUAACAUAACAGAAUCUUUACUUUCUGUAACAAUCUUACUUGUAAAUAUGGUCUGCUAUUUUCUUUUCUUAAGUCUGUAUAUUUUAUUUUUGUAUAUAACCAUAUACCUUCCCGCUGCUGCCAAUAAAAGAUGGCAGUUCUAUUUUACUGCGUAUGCUUGUCCAAUUUUGUUUACAUUAGUUAUCAUCCUGAUUGGAUACUUAACACAUCGAACACAUUUUUCAUGGAACAACGUCCUCUCCAAUGAAUGGAUUAUAAUCGCUAUACAAGGUAUCGUUGUUGCUUUGGGUGCAAGCAUAUCUGUAUUUGUUUUGAAAAUACAUUUGAAAUUAUUUGGAAAAUGUGAGUUUGAUUUUAAAACAAAAAUAAAACGUUUAAGAGAAAGCAAAAAACUUGUGAAUGGAUUUAUUUUGGGCAUUAUAUUACUUGUGUUGUUCAUAUUGGAUGUAAUUCACAUUUCAACAGAAUGUUCAGUGGUUCAAUGGUUGUUUGUGACAUUCCAUGCAUUGCUUGGUGUUCACUUUUUAUUUCGUGAAGCGAUAUUUUACGAUAAGGAUUUUUUCCAGAAAACCUCUCGUGCACAGCGUAGAAGAAAAGCAAUUAAAGAAAAUCAAUUCAUACAACUGAGAUCUGUGGAGAGUUCUUCAGUUGUAACACAAGCAGCGAGUACCACUGUGGACAAAAAUUGAGAAAUUGUGUUAUGCAAACCAAAGGAGACUUUUAUUCUUAUUCUCCAUAUUUGUCCAGUCUCCUAUUUCGAAAGAAUUAUUAUUCCUGCUAUAAAUAUUGCAGCAGAUAACUUCACAAAAGUACAAUGGUAUUAAAAAUAUUUAUAUCAAGAUUUGGAAGUAGUAGAUUAUAUUCUAUAACGUGAAAAUUGCGCACUACAAAAUACAAAUAAAUUAUACUUUAAAAAUUUUCCAGUUGCUAGUGCAAUCAUUAUUGCCAAAAAGGAGAUUUUAAACAUCGAUGGAGACAAAAAAAAAUGUUUUUAAGUUUAAAUUUUUUAGAUAUAUGAAGAUUAAAUUUUACCAAAUUGAAAAAUCAAUAUUUCAAAAAUAUUACACAUUUAAGUUGUUGUAGAUUCACCAGACGCCUAUAUAUGUACCUUGUAUUUUCUAUCUGUCAUAAAGAGAGUGUUGCUAACAUGAAAAUAUCACUUUUAUUUUUAAUUUACAAUCAUAAAAUAACACACCGAGAUUUUUCUGACCUCUUCUUGAAAAUUCAUUUUAUUGACAGAUUACUCUACCUUGCUUUUUUAGAUCUUGUUUUCCUACUUCGUUCACAUUUAUCAUUGUAAUUUUCAUUGAUAAUCGAACUACGUAAGAAUAAUUGUAUGAUGUUUUUGUAAUA